AUGCAGCCGCUGCUGUUCCAGCCAGGAGAUUCAUGGGAGUACGGUAUUGGCGUCGACUGGUCCGGCAUUGCUCUGCAGCGAGUUUUGAAAACGCGUCUCAACGACUACAUCCAGCAGAAUAUCUGUCAGCAGCUCGGCUUGUACAAUGUCAACAUGAUACCGACUUCAGCCAUGAAGAAACAAUUGGCUUAUAUGCACUCCAGAAAGCCCGAUAGCAAGCUCGUUGCUCAUGACCACCCCCUACAUCGUCCGCUGGUCGCUCAGUUGGACGAAGAGACUCAUGCUUGCUUCAACAGCGGUGGCGCUGGAAUCUUUGCAAGGCCUCAAGAGUAUAUCCGUGAGAUGUUCUCCACGCCGACUAAAAUAAGGUACAUUGUCGACGCUCCAUAG